CGCUCCCCUUGAGAUUUUUCUCACGCUCGAGAAUAUGCGCCUCUCUCGCUCCUUCAGGCUUCGACACACACACACUGAUUCUAUCCUUUCGGGUUAUUUACUUAUUUUAAUGAAUGAAUGAAUGCUUCGUAUUUAUAUGCCCAGUGUUGGAUUCGCCUUCUUCCAUCUCCUGCUCUCUUUUUGUUUCUCUCUUCCUCUGAUCAGUUCUUGAGUUUGUAUAUUUUCAAGAGUCGCUUCAACGCAUUAACUUCGGAACCCUAGCUUUUGUUCUUCAGGUUGAUUUUCCUGGGGAAGUGUUUUCCUUCAUGGGCACAGUUGAGACUCGAUCUAAAACCUCGAUGGAGGGUUCGUCCCUUGCGCCUGCAAGCGACAAGCCUCGACGCUCAGAGACUGAGAGCAAGAUCCUUAAAGAAGCUCUUGGCGGUUCGAAAGGAGGGAGUCGAGAAAUUGGGGCUAGAUUCUCAGGUAAUGGACAUGGAGGAUUGGGGGAUGAUGAGGAAGGAGUGAUCAAGAGCAGGGCCGUUGCAGCCAAAAUUCCGAUUCAGAGAGGCCGAGAGAUAGAUAUUUCCAACGCAAACGAUUGUCAAGGUUUGGGUGAUUCCGAGAUGAAUGGGGUCUCUUCGCUGUUGAAAAUGCGGGAAAGUGGCAGAAAUGUUAAUUUUUCUCAUGGUGGUGGGAGUUACAGUGCCGACAAGCUAAACACUAAUUAUGCUUCUACUGAGAGAAGAACACGAGCUACUGAUUCUUCAAGUGGGGAGGGUUUGUUAGGGGCUGGGGUUGAAAAGAGAUCAUAUAGGAAGAAGAAAAGAGAAAGUAAAGAAAAUAAUGAAAAAGUUGUGACAAUUGAAGUUCCAAUUGUGGAGACAAGCGAGAACAAGGAAUCAGAAGAAGUAGAUGCGAGCGAUGAAGAGUACGGACUUUCUGUUGGUGAUUUUGUCUGGGGAAAAAUUAAGAGUCAUCCUUGGUGGCCUGGCCGGAUUUAUGAUCCUUCUGAUGCAUCAGAUUAUGCUUUGAAGCUGAGACAAAAGAAUAGACUCCUUGUGGCCUACUUUGGAGAUGGGACCUUUGCUUGGUGUCAUCCAUCUCAAUUAAAGCCCUUUGAGGAGAACUUUGAAGAUAUGGUGAAACAGAGUAAUUCCAAAGCUUUUGUCAAUGCUGUACAAGAUGCUGUGAUGGAGAUUGGUAGGCUUUUAGAUUUGAAGAUGACUAAUUCAUCUGUUUCUAGGAAAAGUAAGGCUGAAGUUGCUUUGCUUUUGGCGAAGAACUCUGGAAUAAAGGAUGGAGUUCUUGUACCUGAGGAUGGUAUAGAGAAACUCUCGACUGUUCUCUUUGACUCUGUUGAGUUACUAUCUCAAGUGAAAAAGAUUGCAGAGGUUGUUGCUAUCAGCAGUGUUCUUGAGCUGGAAAUACUAAAGGCUCGACUCUCUGCCUUUUAUCUGUCUAGAGGAGGUUAUAAAUUGCCUAAUUAUCAUGUACCCCAGCCAGUUCUUGGACUCGAAGACAAUAGAAUUGAUGAAACUGUAGAUAAAGGCAAUAGCAAAGAGACAUUAAUUGCAACAGUCCAUGGACCUUCUGAUGAGGAAUAUUCCUUGCCAGUGAGUCCAAAACGUGGUGAAGUAAAUCAAUCUUCAGGGACUUCUGGGAGUAGAUUGCAUCAUAGGAGGAAACAGAAAAGCAUUGCUGAAAUAAUAAGAGAGGACAAUGAUCUUCAUACCAAAGUUAACGAGGGGAUAGAAAAUGAAGUAGUGAACAGUGGCAAAAUAACAGGGUUAUCUGGUAGAAAGAAGAGGAAAAACCAUGAGGAUACAAUGACAACUACACAAGUGCAGAAGAUGCAAGUGUCACCUCCAUGUAAUGAUCGAAAUGUACCAAGUGGUGAAAUUGGUGGCAGUGGGGGAAAUCAAACUACCAAUGAGAGCACGUUAUCACUCUUGAAAAAGAAGAAAGAGAAUAUGGGUAAUGAUAGUGCUCAGAGUAAAAUGGAAUCAGAUGUAGCCCCUGUAAUAAGAGAAGAGAACUUGAACGACGAGGAAAAAGAACAAACUGAGAAGGGUUUUUUGUCAAGAGAAAGGAAGAAAAGCAAGUACUUGUCACCUCCUUUCACAACUCCAAGCAGAGGCCAGAGGAAGGGUGACAAAGAAACAACAUCGGCUAAGGAUUCCAGCAAAGCCCUAAUAUCAGAGGAGAUGACCAGAGCUGCUGGUGAUCUCCUAGGGACCCCUGCUCCUUUGAAGAACAAUGGUCAGGCAAUUCAAGAGGCUAUACCUAAACCUGCUGCGAUUCAGGAGAAUAUCCCCAAGGAUCCUGCCAUAGAGCAUGCUCUAUCAGAUAAAUUAAAUUCCCAAACAUCAGAAGGGAAGAGUGAGACUAUUGAUCUGAAGAAAAUCCAGGCUUCUUGUGGAGAAGUCCUAUCUGAAGUCCGCUCUGCCGCCUUAAAUCCACAAGUUCCUAAGGAUGUUAAUUUUCUUAAUAAGAUUGUGGGCUUUGUUUCUGUUUUCAGAAGCUCGAUGUAUCGCCAGGGAUCCUUCUUUACAUUGUGCAACAAACGUCAACCUGGCAGGAAGAGAAAGAAUUCAGAAUCUGAACCUGGGACGUUAACGAAACCCCAAAACCAAACUGAUCGAGUGUCGCCUAAUCAUGACUCUGAGAAGAGGAAGAGAAGGAAGAAAUUGGAUACUGUUUCUGAUACGCUGAAAGAAAAGCCGGUUACUGAAAAUAAGAAGACAGGCAAGAACGGGGGUGACGAAAAUGUUUCAGCUGCUGCAAUUAUGAUAUCGUUUGGACCUGGAUCUUCUCUUCCUUCAAAAUCUGAGCUUAUAAAGUUGUAUAGUGAGUUUGGAGCUCUGAAUGAAGCAGAAACAGAUAUAUUCUAUUCUAGUUACACCGCCAGAGUAUGCUUCCUGAAAACUUCUGAUGCCAAAGCGGCCUUUAAUCGUUCAAAAAAUGUGAGCCCCUUCGGAUCUUGCAACGUGAAAUUUGAACUUGGGACACGCCCAGUUGGUUCCAAGUCAGGGGAACAUCAUGAAAAAUCAGAAACCAAAGCUUCUCCUGCGAAAAAGGACAGGACACCGGUCAAGCCAUCUGCUUCACUGUCAACCAUUAUUGAGGUAUCCAACCUGAACUUCAUAAAGCAGAAGCUUGAGGCUAUGAGCACAGCGCUGGAAGGACCGGAAGGUAUGUCAUCAGAUAUAAAGAAAAAAAUAGGGAGCGACAUUAAAGGGCUCUUGGAGUGUGUGAAAAGAAUGGCUGAAUCUUCUUCGUCUUAGAUGAAGACUCGAGAGACUUGUAUUGAUAGUGUAGCUGAUCAGGGUAGGUUUAGUAAUAAUAUGUCAUUUGCUUUUAGUGGUCUGUGUUAUCUGAGGAUCAAUUUGUAUGCGUAAUAGCUGUAGACUAAAAUUAUUUGGCUUAGAUGGGUCAUCGGAUUCUGGUCUAGCUAUUUUAUUUGUUGCAUGCAUAAUCUGUAUAGAGAUCAACAGCAUUUUAUUUUUUUGUGUCUUUUAUCACAGUUGCCUAAAAACAGCCUGUAAGGAUUAAAACUCAAGUUUUAUUAUAGUGUUUUUUUGCAUCUUUUUUUCA